AUGUCUGCUUUGGCAGGAGAGUUGCCAAAUGCCAGCACUCUUCCAGGUGAGCAACAGGCUCUUAAAGUUGGCAUGGCCACAGAUGUUGCCCUGGGCAGUCCGUUUGUGGAAAGUUCUGUACGUGAAGCCGUAGAACUUGUGGACAAGGCCUACAAAAUGUCCAGAGACCAACACAAGGAGAAACUGAGAAAAAGGUCCCUGAGAACAACUGACCUUCUACGUUUCUUUAAGCAACCUUUGGCAGAAACAAGAAGAGCAGUGCGAUCAGCAGAGUACAUGGAAACGGCACUGCACCUUAUUCAACGCAAUGUUCAUCGAGUCCACAAGCGGUCCCUGAAUGCAUCAGAUUUAUUAACACAGGCUGACCUGGAUACCAUUGCACGUGUCACAGGCUGUCUGGCCAUACGUCAACCUCCGAUAUGUAAAUAUGACUGUUUUUCAGACCGAUACAGGACUUUCACCUCUGUGUGCAACAACAGAAGGAAGCCUCGCCUGGGAUCGUCCAACAUUGCACUCAGCCGAUGGCUCCCAGCUCGCUAUGAAGAUGGGGUUUCACUUCCACUGGGCUGGACUCCAACCAGGCAGCAUUUUGGAUUCCGGCUGCCACUGGUUCGAAAAGUGUCAAAUGAUAUCCUGAGAACAGCCAAUAAAGAUGUGGUCUCAGAUUUAACAAGAAGUCAUUUUUUUAUGCAAUGGGGUCAGUGGAUUGAUCACGACAUGAGUUUAAGCCCUUUUAGUGGCAGCCUCCAGACCUUCAAUGAUGGCAUCAAUUGUGACCGAACUUGUAUUCAGCAAAGUCCUUGUUUCCCAAUUAAGAUCCCUUCAGGUGACACAAGAAUCAAGGACACAACUAAAUGCUUGCCGUUCUUCCGCUCAGCUCCUGCGUGUGGCAGUGGUGAGCUGGGUGCAUUAUUUGGAGAUGCCAACACUCGUCAGCAGAUCAAUGCACUUACUGCUUUCAUUGAUGUGAAUGAAGUCUAUGGCAGCACAGACUGUUUGGCCAACAAACUCAGAAACCUCACUAAUGAACUUGGCCUGUUGGCUGUCAAUGAGAAAUACUCUGACAAUGGGCGAGAAUAUUUACCAUUUAACACCAUUUCAAGCAACCUUUGUCGAAGUAUGGGGGAAAGUUGUUUCACCAGUGAAAAUUCAACUCCAUGUUUUUUGGCUGGAGAUGUACGAGUGAAUGAACAGCUAGCCCUAUUAUCAUUACAUACAGUGUUUCUCCGGGAACACAAUCGUUUAGCGAGAGAGUUGAAGAGAAUGAACCCUCACUGGAGCGGAGAUACGAUCUAUCAUGAAGCGAGAAAAAUCCUGGGAGCUUUUCAGCAGAUAAUAACCUACAGAGACUUUCUUCCACUGCUUAUUGGGAAUGAAGCAACAGAGAAAUAUCUCCCACGUUAUGAAGGCUACAAUGAAUUUAUUGAUCCUGGUAUUGCCAAUGUUGUCUCAACAGCAGCUUUCCGUUUUGGGCAUCUUAUCAUUCAGCCAAAGCUAUUCCGCCUUAAUGAAAACUACCAGGAACACCCUCAGUUCAAAAACAUUGACCUGCACCAGGCUUUCUUCACACCCUGGAGACUGAUCAGGGAAGGUGGGGUUGAUUCCCUCAUACGAGGAUUGUUGGGCAGACCAGCCAAGCUGCAGGUACUGGACAAGAUGAUGCAUGAUGAAUUACGUGAAAAACUUUUUGAAUUGACCAGCCAAAUAGCCCUGGACCUGGGUUCUUUGAAUAUGCAGCGUUCGCGAGAUCAUGGAAUUCCAGGUUAUAAUGCUUGGCGGAAAUUCUGUGGCCUUACGGAGAUCAGGAAUCUUAAUCAAUUUCGUCAAGUUAUCAACAAUUUGAAGGUGGCAAGGAAAUUCUUCGAAUUGUACAAAACUGCAAACAAUAUUGAUGUGUGGAUUGGGGCUAUUGCUGAACCUUCGGUCACAGGUGGAAAAGUGGGCCCAUUGUUGGCUUGUUUAAUAGGACAGCAAUUCAAGAACCUGAGAGAUGGUGACAGAUUCUGGUGGGAAAAUGAAGGUGUUUUUUCAGGCAGCCAACGCCAGGCUCUUUCUAAAAUCUCCCUGUCCAGGAUUAUCUGUGAUAACACCGGGAUUCGAUCUGUUCGUCGGGAAGUAUUUAAAUUCAGUCAAUAUCCAAGCGGAUAUGUGGAGUGCAGCACGAUACCUGCAGUAGACCUGAGUGGCUGGAAGGAGGAUACUCAAGUGACCCCCUGUGGGUCUGUUCCUGUUGUGAGAUCUGGCCAUUUCUCAAUCUGUAAGUUGGCAGUCAAAUACACCUGUAAAUCCGGAUUCAGGAUGGUGGGAGAGGACACUAUAAAAUGUCUGAGUAAUGGAAAAUGGGACUCAAGACCACCUGGAUGCGUGGGUGCAAGAGUCAAGAUUUGCUCAAAAUGGAAGCGGUUAGAGAAUGGAUACCUGGAAAAGGUGCAUGGAGUUCCUUGUGAGAAUGAAGGGGCAAUAGCAGUGGAGGACAACUUAACUGAACCAGAAGAACAUUAAGAUGAUGGUGGGCCUCCGGAACUUAGCAAGAGAAUUAUUCCAAAAAUAUCCAAAUUUUCUGCACAACCUGCAACUGAGAAUCCAAAGCUAAUUUACCAAUUCAAUUCUAUCAUAUCAUUUCUGAUGGACAGUGAGACUAGUCACAUGUGAAAUUUAACCCAAACGUAAAUGGGUAGGUUUAAACAGAAUUUGGAGCAGUGGGGAUUUUCAGAAUGUUUUAAAUUGGGUUCCAAACCAAAACUAGCUCUCAACCUACUUUCAGACUGAACUGAGACAGAGAAGAGAUGGCUUAUGUCAUUUUUUUUUAGAUUUGAUUUAGAUUUUUUGUUAGCCUUCCUAAAUCUUGGUCCCAAAUCAGUGAUAGGAUACAAAAAUUGUUUGGAUUGAAGAAUUGAAUGUCCUUGUAUCUGGCUCCUGGAUUUAGUGUGACUACCUGAGGAAAUUCCACAAUACAGCACCCUCAAACCUUGCCCAGUUGCUCUCAGAACCCACAGCCCCCAUUAGAUCUUCAAGCCAUUUCGUGAUCCCUUUGAUCUACCUCAUCAGGAUUGUGAACGCUCCCAAUCCCCACUUCUGACUUCCUGAUCCACAACAUUCCCUGUCCUCAACCCCAACCCAAUCCAGGAAUAGCGGCCUCCCUGGAUUGCUCUCACAUACUGAUUGUUUUCUCUGUACGUGGAGUGGAAUUUUAGAUUUGAAAUUCAGCUUGCUUAAUCUGUGUAUUUUUAAAUGCUUUUUUGCAAACACCUGUACUCUGAGAGAGGAGAGCAAUUAUUUUCUGUAUUGAUACAUUGUGUAUCUUGUGCUGCUGCUGCAGUGAUACACCUAAUCUCAAAACACCGACAGAUUUAGUUAUCAACCAAGAAAUCAAUGAUUAAUUAGA